CGGCGGCGGGUGGAGGAGCUCGGCCCGGCUCGGCGGCAGCGGCGGCGGCCUGGGGUUGGGCGGGUCGUCGGACCCCUCCGAGGACAUGGCCAACAUCGCGGUGCAGAGGAUCAAGCGGGAGUUCAAGGAGGUGCUGAAGAGCGAGGAGACGAGCAAAAAUCAAAUUAAAGUAGAUCUUGUAGAUGAAAAUUUUACAGAACUAAGAGGAGAAAUAGCAGGACCUCCGGACACACCGUAUGAAGGAGGAAGAUAUCAACUAGAAAUAAAAAUUCCAGAAACGUAUCCAUUUAAUCCCCCAAAGGUGCGGUUUAUCACAAAAAUAUGGCAUCCUAAUAUUAGCUCAGUCACUGGGGCUAUUUGUUUGGAUAUCCUAAAAGAUCAAUGGGCUGCAGCAAUGACUCUUAGGACAGUGUUGUUAUCACUGCAAGCACUCUUGGCAGCUGCAGAACCUGAUGACCCCCAGGAUGCAGUAGUGGCAAAUCAGUACAAACAAAAUCCAGAAAUGUUUAAACAGACAGCUCGACUUUGGGCACACGUGUAUGCUGGAGCACCAGUUUCUAGUCCGGAAUACACCAAAAAGAUAGAAAACCUUUGUGCUAUGGGCUUUGAUAGGAAUGCAGUAAUAGUGGCCUUGUCAUCAAAAUCAUGGGAUGUAGAGACAGCAACAGAACUACUUCUGAGUAACUGAGCCAUGUGCAGAGAACUGCUUCUGUAGCCCAGCUUGCCCUUUCUUGAGGAGCCUCACCAUCUCUUAUUUUUAGGUUUCUAUAUAGAUUCUCUUUCAAAACUGGCAUUCUUGCCUGAUGCUAUCUAGGCAUUAUUGGAGACUGAAAAAAGAAAAAAAAACCUGCUCUGUAAAUAAAGCUAAUUAAACGUCUGUGUAAAUUUAAAAAAGGGGGAAAUACUUUAAUUUUUUCUUACUAAAUAUUGUAAAUUCCUUGAGCUUGGCUAAAACAAUGGGGGACAACAUGCCUACUUUAGUCUUAGCAGUGUGACCCAAGACUAGAAGGAAUUUGCAUCAGGAUUUUGACUUUUAAGAAUUUAUUCAGAACACAUCAGAUUGUGUCCAUAAUCAUCAGUCAUUGAUGUCACUCAUCCCAGCUACCUUACCUAUGUUUUUUAACAUGGAUCCUACGUGCCUGUGGACCUUAUAUUUGCAUGCUUGUACUUUACAUAGACACUUUUAAAGAAAAAAAAGUAGGGUAAACUGAACAGAGCACUGUUUGAAGUACUUGAGUAUUCAUUCUUGUAACUUUUUCCUAAGACUUUCCAAAUGUGCUCAUAGAUCAAAAUGACAAACAGCCUACUCGGAAAUGUUUUCACCUCUUAAGGAGUAGCAAUCCUCCAUUUCUUCUUUACCUUCCUACCCCCCCCCCCACUGCACAUGCAACUACAAUAACACACUAGAACCUCCAGAAUGUGUGGGUAUGUGCCAUUUAAAGUAGCCUAGUUUCCCACUUCCAAGUGGUCUAUUUUGAAUAACCAGUAAAAGUGUUUCAACCAUUGUAAUUUCUACACAAUUGUAUAAAAGGUUUGGUAUAUCUGGACAUAGCACAAGCAAGUGGAGCCGCUCUUUUGUUUCUCAUGCAGAAAUCAAACCUCUUUCAAUAAAUUCUGGAUAGAAUGAAGUUGCCGAGAAGAAUUGGUUCUCUGUUAACACUGAGAAUUCCACCUCUUUUCUCUAGUAUUUGCUGUGAUGCAAUCAGUUUGGGGGCAAAAGCUUCCUAGCUUUUAUUUUGGACAUUGUUUUAGGUAGGGGUUGCUUGUAAAUCUCUAAAGUCCCCCUUGUGCACAUUUCCCCCAGUUGACACUUGAAAGUCUUGGAUUGUUUUUUUUUUUUUACUGUAAAUAUAUUGAAUGCGAGUAGAAGUACCUGCUAAAACAAAUGUACAUACAGUCAUACUUUCUAUUCAUUCAGAGAGAUAUAAAAUCUCCAAAUCAUUAGUUUUUAUACCUUUGUUGCAAGUUUUAAUAUCAUUACAGAACUGCAUCAGGAAUUGCUUUUGAGCAAAAUGCAGAGAUGCAGUGUCAGCAUAGAAUUCUGCAAGGUUAUUUUCCCAUUCCUGCCCCCAACUCUUCUGUACUGUAGAAGUUUAAAUUGGUCCAUUUUUUAAUUGAAGAAGCUGCAUCACCACUUUUGCUAAUCAGCCAUGUUGCAUAACUGCUAAGCAUCUAAUGUGAAGUAGAGAAAUGGAAGAGAUGAGAACCUAACUAAUACAGAAUUAUUUUCUGCAGUACGUAUGUCUAAGCUGCCUAUAGAUUCAAGUUAUUAGGACACAGAAAAAUAAAUUGAAGUUUGUAUCUGUGCAAUGCAGAACACUGUUGAUCUCUUCACAUCCUAUUUAUGCAUUCAGUGAUUGUAUGGUUUUUCUUGCAGUCCUGUAAAUCACUUUCAGAUGCCAAAGGAAAUGUGAUUUUUGUUUUUUCCUUGAUAUAUAUUUAUUUUUUUUAACAAGUUGCUGCUGCUCAACAAAGUUUUUGUUAAAUAGUAGCCAGGGCCAGCAGAACCCUGGCAAUCUGCCAUUUGUGUUUGUAAUUUUUUUUAAUGGUCUAUAUUUUGAUGAGUUCAUAUCUACAGCUUUGUUUUACCCUGGUGGUAAUUGUGUAAAAAUGGCUGAUAGAUUACAUUUUCCCUUGUUCUUUGCAAGUUAUUAAAGGAAAGAUCGUGGAAGUGGUUAGAUGGAA